CGUUCCACGAGUACCUAGCGAUUCACAGAAGACCGGCUACCUUCGGUGGAACCGGUUGUGGUCGAUAACCCGACUUCUCCGCGUGUAACACUUGUGCGUGAGUAAUCGUAUCACCUGGAUGGACGCCCCCGAACGGUCCCCAAAAUAUUCUUCCUCUUCUUCCUCCUUCUUUUUGUUUUCCUUUCCUCUUGCCGCCACUUGUUCAUUGUUAGAAAUUUGUCCCCGCGGGUAGAGAGUAGACGUUUCGACGUUGUUGAAAGUGACAAGAACGGUUAAAGGAUUGAAAGUGAAGACCGCUUCGCCGAGGGAACGUAGAAAAACUGGAAGUUCAAGUAAACCGUCGUCAGGACUCUGGGUCCGGAAAGAUGAGCGGACCUAGCGUAGACGUCGUCUGGGACCCGCAAACGCAGAUGAAUUCCUUGGAUUGUUGGGAUUACUCCAUCGAGCUCUCUUGUCUUCAAGGUCCGGAAGAUUUACAAUUGGCAGCAGAGCUCGGGAAAACACUGCUGGAGAGGAACAAGGAGCUCGAAAAUAUCAUCAAAACGCAUCAGUCCACCGUUGAAGAACAAGCACAAGAAAUAGAGUAUAUGAAAAAACAGACAGCUGCCCUGAGAGAAGUGAACGAUUCCCGAUUGAAAAUUUAUGAGCAACUUGAAGUUAGUAUCCAGGAUUUGGAACGCGCCAAUCACCGUCUCGUACUCGAGAAUACUGGCGACAAAAAACUUAUUAAGAGCCAGUGUUUAACGAUCGAGACCCUGGAAGCGCGGUGCGAGGAUCUUCAGAAGAAAAUCGACGAGAUAAACGAGCAACAUGAAAGUCUACUUCGGCAACGAACUGCCAGUCAGUCGACGAGUACCGUACAAACACAAACCGCUUUAUGGAAAGCAUCAGUCACGCAGGGUGGUAGCAUACAACAGAACGCUGCCCCAUCUGGCCAAAAUUCUUUCCAAGAAGCAACCGUAGACUCGAAUGUCCGACAAAUAACGACAAUGUUGUCAAGCGAUGAAGAAGUUACCGAAUUGCUGAGGCAGUUGCAAGAAGCGCGGAAUCAACGAGCAAGAGAACAGAAGAAAGUUACCGAGCUUGGGCAACAAUUAACCACUCUUCUGCUAGAGAAUAACUCUCUGGAAGAACAGUUGACUGUUUGGCGUAGUAAAGCAGAGGAUGUAAAAAGUCUUCAAGAGGAAAUAAAUACACUCGAAGAAGUAAGAUUGGGUCACUUAUGCGGCCGAUGUUUGCGUGGGAUGGAGACGAAAACACAUGAUGAUCUCUCUGUAAUGUUGAACCAAGAGGAAUACGACGACAUUAGCAUGGCUGAAUCAUUGAUAAAUGAUAGUCAACGCGAUACCGAGUCGCUUAAUCAGGAAACAACUAAUAAAGAUGGAGUGUCGAGCGACCUAAGCAAUCCAUAUAGAGUUCUGGUGGAAAAGUAUCAAGCUUUAAUAGAAGUCCAAAGACGUUCCGCUUACCGACGAAAGGAUAACGGUCCCGCGGCUUGCAUGUCGUUACAGGAGGAAUUGGAAAUGUCGGGCGAGUUUAAUAGUUUCCAGAAUCCAACGUCAGAGGCAGAGAUGCCGCAAGAAUCGACGAAAUCCAUUAAUGGAAACAGUACACGUGCCAAAACAGAGAUAUGCGGUAAGAAAGCGUUUUCCGCCACCCCCACUGAUUUCUCCGAAGCGGAAACAUCUUCCUCCGGCUUCUCAGACGAAACAAGUAACAAGGCAACGCAAACCGAAGGAAGGCCCGGCUCGUUCCUUUGUUCCAUUGCCGACGGCGAGGAUUGCAAGUUUAGCAUUUACGAUGACAAUAGUCCGUUUGAGAGUAGAUUCCGGAAAACACCAGAAUACAGACAUUUAUUCAGCGAAAUAUUCCGUGUUCUUAAGCGAGCAGCAGAGGCUAAAGAUGAAGGCGAAAAACUGCCUUUGUUGGACGAUUCCACGAGUACGAGUGCUUCUAAAACACAAUCCUCGAUGUUAGUUCAAGAAGACGUUCCUAGUGAAACCACAGAUGACAAUCAGAGUGUUGUUUCGUCCGCUCUGUCCUCUACUGUAUCCGAGCCACUUUACAGAGUACAAACACCAGUUUCAUCGAACACGAUAAACGAGCAACACCAACAAAAUAACAAAGAGGUUCGUACGCAUACAAAAAAUGGUAGGAAUACAAACCAACGAAACGGAAGUCGCUUAGAUUAUCUGUCGAUUAACGUUACGAAAAAGUCAUCAAAGAGGCAUGCUGCCAGAAAAUUGGCAAAUAAUGAUAGACCCCCAACACCUGACGUGAUUCCAACAACAAAUUCGAAAUUUGUCCCAUUAAAAUCGAACAAUGGCGGAAAGAGGAAAUUCAGACCCUUUACAGUUUCCGAUCACAAUGGUACGAUGUGCAAUGAAUACAGUUACGCGAACAAAACGAAAGAAUCACCUAAUACUACAAGCCGUUCGAACAAUAUGUACGCACGUAAUAGUAGUGAUCAGCACAAUAAGAUUUUCGAAUACAGUGACUACAAACCGAGUACAGCAUCGGAAGAAGUCGCCCGAUUAAAGCGUUUAGAAAUGUCUUAUGCGGAAGUUCUUCGCUUGCCAAAUAAAUCUAAAAUGAGCAAUCAUCGUAGAAGUUAAGAAAUUUUCUCACACGAUACCUUGAAGGGAAAAAAAUUAGACUUUUAUACGUAAGAUAUAGUCAAGUGAGAUUAAGUUCAAAAUUUUUAAGUUUAAUGUCAAGUGAAUACAUAAA